GAACUCCCGCAACCCUUGCAUCUAAAGCUCAAAACUUUACUGCAAACCAAACCCACCCAAAGCAACCGUACAUAUCACACACCAAUCAAACUCCGCAACGUACACCUUCCUCACAUCCGCAUACCCAUACCCACCGUACAUACCACUCUCCACUCAAACUCCGCAACGUACACCUUCCUCACAUCCGCAAUGUCCGCCCCUUCCUCCUCUUCGACUGCUUGCUCCUGCAAGUCAGUGUCCUGUUUGGCCUGUUUCCCCUGCCUGUUUUGCAAGUCGACGCUCUCUGUUUGCCGUGACCACAUUUCUUUCGUGGGAGCGGCUGGUCGGCUUGCUGUUCAACCUUCUCCCCGUCCUGUUUCUUCUCCUGCUGUUGCUCGCAAUGGCAGUGGUCCUGUUUCGGUUUCGUCUUCUUCUCCUGUUGUUGCUGGCAAUGACAGUGGUCCUGUUUCGGUUUCGUCUUCCCCUUCCCUUUCUUUGUCUUCCCCUUCCUCCUCUGUGUAUACAUCCCCUUCCCCUUCCUUGUAUAUUUCCUCUUCUCCUUCUUUGUAUACACUGUCUUCUCUCUCCAGCCCGCCAACCUCUUGGAACGACAUCAUGGAACGCACUACGAUAAUGGAACAACUUGGACUCGACAUGGACGACAUUGAACCCGAACCGAUCCCGAUUGCUUACGACUACGACAUGGAAGACGACGACUACGCGUACCAGCAGGACACCACAUUCUACGACUUGGACGGCAACAUUCUCGGCAACCCAGGCGGCUACGAUCCCUUCUCCGACACCGAUUUCGAUUCCGAUUCCGAUUCCCAAGACCAUCGCCAACUCCCUCCACCAACUCCAAUGCGCCGGCGUGCGUCUACUCCCUUCCGGCGGCCAGCAAUCAUCGAGUCCUCAAGCGAAGAAGAGACCAUCGACACGGUCCCCGAAGACGACGACAAGGCCACCGAAGAAACUGCGACGAUCCCUCAGGACCAAGGAGAAUUUCAAGCUAGGCAAGUGCGUUGUUCGUGGUGGGUUGGGGAUGUGUUUGAGGCCAUGGAAGAAGACAAGGAGAACGUCGACCCAGAGCCCCGGCCACCGGUGGUUUUGUGGUUGUCGGACUCUGAGGAUUCGGAAGUGGAGUUUAACUGGGAAGAUGAAUCGGAGUGGGACUCGUCGGAUGACGAGCACAACACUCCGGUGUUCGUCGGGGGGGGUUCGGUUUUCACAGGGCAAGAAGAUAUCGACAUCGACGACAACAAGGAGAACGUUCCGCCGACAUACGACAUCGAGAACUUCAUCGAGGAAGCCGACACGAACGACAUCGACGAGGUCGUGGAGCCCACCGCCAAGGAACCCAAGGAGCCACGAAAAAGGACCCGCAAGACCUACGGGCCCGCUCGCUGGGCCCGUGCCAACGGACGUUUGGUGCGCGUCUAGAUUGAAUUGGGACACAGUUGGCACAGUUGGCAUGAACGUGUUGGGCACUGAGGGCACAGUUGGCAU